UGCGUUAAGGAUCAAUCCAUGGAACUGACGAUUACAAGUAAUCGAUACAGACGUCAAAAAUUUCCACCACGCGUUUACAAGUCUCGUUUUAAAGUGUUUUGACAAAUUUUUGGAACCCAGUUCGUAUUGCUGCCUAAAUUGGUUGUGGAUGUGAAGAAAAUGAACACGAAGAAAUCCAAUAGGUUCACACCAAACAAUACCAAUGAAUGGAAAACGAGAGGAUUCAAAACAUCUAAUUCUACGACCGCUACAGUUGGUGAAAGCUGUGCUUUUGAAAACCAAGAGCAGAAGAGAUUCCAAAACAGUUUCAGUUUCAAAGCAGACACUAGAGGAACAAACUCUUCCUUUAAUGGUGCCAAAUCAAGAAGACCCACGAUAGAGAAUGAUGAAGCUGAAGAUCAUAUUAAAAGCCAACACAAGUUUUUUAAAGUUGAACCAAGUGAUGAGCUAUUGCAGAACUCUUCUGUCUCCCAGAAAAAUGUGGAUACAUCUGAAAAAUCUGUAAAGCCUCCCAAGAAGAAAAAAAAGACAAAUGUAGCAGAAGGCAAACUUCCUGAAACAACUGGUGAAGGAGAUGAAACUAAUGAAUCUAACAGCUCUAAAAGAAAAAAACAGAAAUUUCAGGGCUACACUUUAUUUAUUGGUAAUUUGUCAUACGACACGACAAAAGAGGACGUACUCCGUCAUUUUGCUAAAUGCGGUGCCAUAAAAAAUGUUCGGAUUCCAUUAGAAAAAAUAACCAAUCAACCCAGAGGUUUCGGCUACAUUGAAGUAGAAGAGCAUGUUACGUACGAGAACGUUCUGAGUAUGCAUCAUACUUUCCUCAAGAGAAGACGAAUCAAUGUAGAGUGUACAUUUGGUGGCAGCAAGACCAGUCUGAAGAGAAUGGCUUUGAUAAAAGAAAAAACGCUCAAGUUGAGAUUUCUCUCAAGAGAAGGCAAAAUUAGCUCGGCUAAGCAGCGACCUUGGGGAAAAUUUUCAACUCACACAGCUAUUGAUUAAAUUUAAAGAAAUACAUGCGUGAUCACCACAUUGCUCGUUGAACUCCAGACAGUUUGUUAUAAUCGGCCAAGCUACGCCAAACAAUUCGACUCAAUCUCCAGCGCGUGACGACGCCUCUUGGACGGGACGUGAUGGCACAGCGAUUGCGUACGCGGGUUAAGCUCGCAUCUCGAGGAAUUUCAGCUAGCAUUUUGGUACCAAUCUCCUUCAAACAAAAUCUUUAAAUGAGGGGUUCUUAAACUUGUUGUAUACUUUAAAGAAUAUACUGAUGCUUAUCCUAUGA